CUCUCAUUUUCUUUUUACAGGGACGUCAUGUCAAGACUGGACAGCUGGCUGCCAUCAAAGUCAUGGACGUCACAGAGGAUGAGGAGGAGGAGAUUAAACUUGAGAUCAAUAUGCUGAAAAAGUACUCCCACCACCGAAACAUAGCCACCUACUACGGCGCUUUCAUUAAGAAAAGCCCCCCGGGACACGACGACCAGCUAUGGUUGGUGAUGGAGUUCUGUGGAGCCGGCUCAAUCACGGACCUGGUGAAGAACACAAAGGGGAACCAGCUGAAGGAAGACUGGAUCGCUUACAUCUCCAGAGAGAUCCUCAGAGGUCUCGCCCACCUUCAUGCCCACCACGUCAUCCACCGAGACAUCAAGGGCCAGAAUGUCCUGCUGACAGAGAACGCUGAAGUCAAACUAGUUGACUUUGGUGUGAGCGCUCAGCUGGAUCGUACAGUUGGGAGAAGAAACACCUUCAUCGGGACUCCUUAUUGGAUGGCCCCGGAGGUCAUUGCUUGUGACGAGAACCCGGACGCUACCUACGAUUACAGAAGUGAUUUGUGGUCCACUGGUAUCACAGCUAUUGAAAUGGCUGAAGGAGCACCACCACUCUGUGACAUGCACCCUAUGCGUGCACUUUUCCUUAUUCCGAGAAACCCUCCUCCCAGGCUCAAAUCUAAAAAAUGGUCCAAAAAGUUUUUCAGCUUCAUCGAGAACUCUCUGGUGAAGAACUACACUCAGCGUCCCCCGACGGAGCAGCUGCUGAAGCACCCGUUCAUCCGAGACCAGCCCAACGAGAGGCAAGUCCGCAUUCAGCUCAAAGACCACAUCGACCGGACCAAGAAGAAGAGGGGAGAGAAAGAUGAGACCGAGUACGAGUACAGUGGCAGCGAGGAGGAGGAAGAAGAUCCCCCAGAGCAGGAAGGAGAGCCAAGCUCCAUUGUCAAUGUACCCGGUGAGUCCACUCUUCGCCGUGACUUCAUCCGCCUGCAGCAGGAGAACAAGGAGCGGUCAGAGGCUCUCCGGCGCCAGCAGCUUCUCCAGGAGCAGCAGCUCCGUGAGCAGGAGGAGUACAAGCGCCAACUACUGGCGGAGAGGCAGAAACGUAUCGAGCAACAGAAGGAGCAGAGGAGGCGACUGGAGGAGCAACAACGGCGUGAGCGCGAGAUGAGGAGGCAACAGGAGCGCGAGCAGCGUCGCCGUGAGCAAGAGGAGAAGAGGCGGAUUGAAGAGAUGGAUCGUAGACGCAAAGAAGAAGAGGAACGCCGGCGGUCUGAAGACGAGAAGAGAAGGAAUGAUCGUGAACAGGAAUACAUCAGACGUCAGCUGGAGGAGGAGCAGAGACACCUGGAGAUGCUGCAGGAGCAGCUGCUGCGUGAACAGGCCAUGCUGCUGGCUGACGAGCGGUACCGUAAAAACAUUCAGGGUUCCCCUCAGACCGCCCCUCCUCCCAAGCAGCCCCCUCUGCCUCCCCGUUCAUCUGAACCGUUCUCCAACGGCGGCUCCUCCGAGGCGUCCGCCAUGCACCGCCCCAUGGAGCCUCAGGUGCAGUGGUCCCACCUGGCUGCUCUUAAAAGUAGCAACAGCGCCGCCCCCUCUCCUCCUCCUGCUCUGCCCGUCGUCUCUCGCUCCCAGUCCUUCAGCGAGACCGCCGGCGUCGCCUCUAAUUUUGCACAGCUCCACCUGCGCUCCCAGGACCCCCACCAUCACCACCAAUCGCCCGCACGCACUGACCCCCAGCCCCAACCUCCCCUCCACCACCCUCAUAGACUCGAACACCAGGCCAGCAGUGAGGAGGUGCCUCCAAAGGUCCCAGUGAGGACAACAUCCAGGUCUCCAGUCCUGUCACGCCGAGAGUCUCCUCUUCCCUCACAGCCCGGGAACCAGGGUGGACAGAGGAACGCUUCCGGCAAUGUGGAGCAGCGCCCCCUGUGGGACCGAGUGGAGAAGCUGCAGCCUCGGCCCGGCAGCGGCAGCUCGUCCGGCUCCUCCAACUCCAGCUCUCAGGCCAGUCCUGGUGACCGCUUUAGGCCACGCUGUGAGUCCCCUGCUUCCUCCAAAUCUGAAGGAUCACCUCUCCAGCGUCCUGAAAACAUCCCCAAAAAACAAGAUGAAAAGAACGUCGCCCGGCCCACUCGACCAGCUGGUGACGCGGACCUGACCGCUCUUGCCAAGGAGCUUCGUGCUGUGGACGACGUGAAGCCUCUCCACAAAGUCACCGACUACUCCUCCUCCAGUGAGGAGUCGGGCACCACCGACGAAGAAGACGAUGAAGAAGUGGACCAGGAGGCAGGAGAGGAGUCCACCUCUGGAGCUGAGGACUCGCGGGCUGGAUAUCCCCAUGGCUUCCGCAGGAGGCAGAGUAACGGCGAGACAGAGUCGGCUAAGACCAUGCUGGUGGAAGACUCGGAGAGCGACCAGGCAAUGACACCCUCCAAGGACGGCACACUCGUCAUCAGACAGAGCACCGCCGAAAUAAAGCGGCUGGUCAAUCUCUCAUCCUCCUCCUCCUCUUCCUCGGCUGGUCACGGCCACUGCCUGCCCCAACCCCCUGGCCACGCCCUGCCGGAGAAAAAUGGCUUUGCCGGUCGCAUACAUCACCUGCCAGACCUUAUCCAGCAGAGCCAUCACUCCCCUUCUUCAUCCACAAACAUCCCUCCCUCCUCAUCCUCAUCCUCCUCCUCCUCCUCCUCAUCCUUCCCCUCAUCAUCCAUCCAUCCCAGUCCUGCCAUGUCCCCACAGACCUCCCUGGAAAUGUUCACUGCCAUAGAGUCCCAGUCAGAAAGCAACUCCAUGUCCAAACACAAGUCUUCCUCUUCCUUCACUCCCUUCAUCGACCCGCGUCUUCUUCAAGUCUCUCCAUCCAGCGGCAGCUCUCUCAACAACAUGGCAGCGUUUGGUCAGGACGGACGACUGCCGGACCCGCUGAGAGCCGAAGCGUCCCGCAAAGGCUCGGUGGUGAAUGUUAACCCGGUGAACACACGCCCGCCGAGCGACACGCCAGAGAUCCGUAAAUACAAGAAGAGGUUUAACUCUGAGAUCCUGUGUGCUGCACUCUGGGGAGUCAACCUGCUGGUGGGGACAGAGAGCGGUCUGAUGCUGCUGGACCGCAGCGGCCAGGGGAAAGUUUAUCCUUUGAUCAACAGACGACGCAUCCAGCAGAUGGACGUCCUGGAGGGACUCAAUGUCCUGGUCACCAUUUCAGGUAAAAAGAACAAGCUGCGGGUGUAUUACCUGUCGUGGCUGAGGAACAAGAUUUUGCACAACGACCCUGAGGUGGAGAAGAAGCAGGGUUGGGUUAACGUGGGCGACCUGGAGGGUUGUGUCCACUACAAAGUCGUGAAGUACGAGAGAAUAAAGUUCUUGGUGCUGGCCUUGAAGAACGCUGUGGAGGUUUACGCCUGGGCGCCAAAGCCCUACCACAAGUUCAUGGCCUUUAAGUCUUUCGGUGACCUGGUGCACAGGCCUCUGCUGGUCGACCUGACGGUGGAGGAAGGUCAGCGGUUAAAGGUCAUCUACGGCUCCUGCUCGGGCUUCCAUGCUGUGGACGUGGACUCUGGUGCCGUUUACGACAUCUACCUGCCCACGCAUAUCCAGACGAGCAUUCAGUGCCACGCCAUCAUCAUUUUGCCAAACACUGACGGGAUCGAGCUGCUGGUGUGUUACGAGGACGAGGGCGUCUACGUCAACACCUACGGGCGCAUCACCAAGGACGUGGUGCUGCAGUGGGGAGAGAUGCCAACGUCAGUGGCCUACAUUAGGUCAAACCAGAUCAUGGGCUGGGGGGAGAAGGCCAUAGAGAUCCGCUCGGUGGAGACGGGACACCUGGACGGCGUUUUCAUGCACAAGAGAGCUCAGAGACUCAAGUUCCUUUGUGAGAGGAAUGACAAGGUCUUCUUCGCCUCUGUUCGCCAAGGAGGAGCCAGCCAGGUGUACUUCAUGACCCUGGGACGCACUUCCCUCAUGAGCUGGUAGCCGACGUUCCUCCACAGCAGCCGACGCGACGACCACAACCUUAGCAGAGACCAACAGAAGACGAUUGUGACUAUGACAGACGACUGAUGGAAGAAAAAAAAAAAAAAACAAAGAAGAGAAACGCCUUGAGCCUGAAGCGGAGAGAGCCGCUUCCUUUCACCUGCUCGGUUGAACAAGAUCGGACUGUACUCCUGAGGAGAAGCGAGGGGACUGGGUGCGGGCUUUGGGUUUUUUUUCUCUCACCUUAACCUUCAAGCCGAUCGCCCCUCUUCCUCUGCAGGGCGUGGGAUGUGUCGUCCUGUUGAAGGUAAAUCUUUAUGUGUCAUAGUUAAACUUUGCAUCGUGUAUGUGUGUGACAGAGGAAACACUGAGCAUGUGAAUAACUGACCAUUAGAGGCUUAAACGCGCCCGUUGCUGUAUCGAAGAAGGCCAAUACUGUACACGUGUUUAGUCCGGGUUCUGUUCAGGUAACUCCUCCUCUUCCUCCCACGGUAGAUUCUCAUGUUAACACUAGUUCACAGUCACCGUUCUCCUCCUUUUAAAUAACGCCUGACGUGUAAAUCUGCCUCCGUGUCUUCACUUUUUUGCCUUCUCCUCCUCGAAGUGAAGAUUUUUUAAGGGACCUUUCUCGAUCUAUCCAUAAACAAACAGGGUACUGGAUAUGAGCUUGUACAUACUAACUCCACGCCUCACGUACUGUAGGUGAUGUCGGACAGAUGUAGCCCUGUUUAUGGCAGCAUGUUGCUUUUGGUGUUCUCGACACAGAUUAGCCCCUUUUUUCUCAGACACUGUAUAUUUUGUAUGUGACUCGCUGCACAUGAAUAAAGCAGAAGAAGAAAACUAGGAAAUGAAAAACAAAAGGAGGUUCAUAACAUCAUUUAAGUCUCGCAUUAAAGGCCUGCGGUUUGGUGCAGCUUUAAGUGAAGUUAAUGGAGAAGAAAAAUACCCACAACAAAUAAUGUAAAAGCGCCCCGCUGCCACAUCAGUUGCCUGAUGUCACCAUGCAGAUAUGAGCGUCUCAAAGAUAAACUUGCAUUGAUGUGAAUGUUUUCAAACGUUUCGAACAAGAAAACAAUGCUGAGGGUGAUUUAGAAAGGUGUCAUCAUGCAGAUUGUCCAGCAGAGGGUGCUCUAACCUCACAAGUUUUCAACACUCUCAGGACUGUCUGCAGAAUAUGAAGCAGACGACUGAAUGCACUGGAUUAAAUUGAUUGACAAUGCAUAAUAAAACCUGUUCUGAAAUGGUUUUUUUUAAGAAGGCAAUGUUCUGAGUGACUUUAUGUUGUCUGAUGCGUGUAACAGUGAAGGAGAAAUCGUGUUGAAAAGGUUGUUUCAGUUCCAGGUCAAAAUAAACUGGCAUCCGCUGCAUUGUGGGUAAUCUUUCUGCAAACCUUAGUUCUUAAAAUCAGUCUACACCAGGUAUUCAUCUUGCUUUUGUUCCAACAGCAUACAGCUGAGAAAGAAAACCCUGCUUGGUUCGAGAUAAAUAAAACUUAUCUUUGAAGUGUAAUUGUGCAGUUUGUCCAGCAGAGGGUGCUCUGACUGCGUAUUUCACAACACUCAGGACUGUCUGCAGAAAAUGUAGCGGCGAUUCAGACGGUUGACGCGCUAGAAUUGAAUGACACUGCACAAUAAAAACAAUUUGUUAGAGAAGUUAAAGGAGGCGAUGUUCUGAGUACCUUUGCGUAGAUAUACCGUCGCAAAAAGGAUUUUAAAAUCCUGGUAGAAAUUCAAUAUUCAGUUUACAGUAUCCCUAAAUCGUCUGCACUAGUUCGCAAUCGAGUCGGUCUCUGAAAUCCCAAAUCGUCGGGUCAGGUUGUGCAACAUAAACCUUUGCUUUUACAUGCAGCAGCGUCUUGCUUAUUAAACCUAAACCAAAAAGGUAAAAAAACGACAUAAAUAAACGUGACCAAUCAGAGCAGGGGCAACUAAGUUUCUAAGCAGAUCAAUGCAUCACUGGCUCAGAUUACAACUGGCUGCAGAAAUGCAUCAAAAAAACCAGGAAGAUAACACACAUAAUGAGAUAAAGAAAACAACAUGAUAUAAAGAGCUAUUCAUUGUGUUUGUGUAUUUCUAAGUCAAACAUGAACUACUCCAGCUAAUCUUCAUUAACUUUGAUUUAAAAAAAAAGGCACCAAAGUGGAGCUCUGAUGUCGUGAUUCUUCCUGCUUUGUUUUAGUUCUCGUUGUAAGAAUGCCGGACGUACACGUUGAUGAGUUUUAAAGGAAAGAUCCACCGCAGAUAUCAUCAAUCUGUCGUUCGACUUCGGUCUAAGGAUUUACUUUCACAUAAUCAUCGUCUUGAAGUCUUCAGAUUCUGUUUUUUUUUUUUUUCUUCUCUCUACUGGAAAUAUAAAUAAACACACCCAGAAAUGUGAGCCGCGCCGCCGACAAAAACAAAAAAAAAAAGGUGGAUUUUUCCUUUAAAUGAUGAGUUGUAAGUAGGGCUAGCAUAAACUGUGAAAUAGCAGAAUUAGCAGGUGGCCGUUAAGGUAGCAUGGACGUGACUGUAAGGGAACGAAGGCAAGUGUGCAAAGAGAAAGACGAUUUCACAUCCACAAUCAUCCAACUCUUUACAGUUGCCUUACAAGGAUCUCAAUACAAAACCCGGUUUAGCUUUUACUCGUUUUUAGUGACGUUUGGAUUCAUGUGUACUGUAGGAAGACUUGAGUCAGAACCAGCCAUGUGAUUCAAUUCAUUCUGGGUUUCAGGCCACAAGUUCAACUGGACCAUAUUCUCAUUUUUUACUUCCAUUUCUUCCUUUUAAAGCCCAAAACGACAUGUUUAAUACAGUCUCCCUCCUCUGUUGAAUCAAUCCUGCAGCUCAUGUGCAUGUAUGAAUGAUAAAACCCUGAUAACGAGACUCUCCUUCCCCCGUUUAAACUCUUAAAUCCUGCUCUCAGUAACGGGCGGUGCCUUCACUGUCGAAGCUGGGAGCUGCCGAAUAAAGGAAAAAAAAAAAAAAGAUGCAUUCACUGUCUGCGAAGAAGGCAAAAAGUCACUCGUUCUAAUAGCAGUGUUACAAAACCACUUGAGACGGCGCGGACUAAGCGGCAUAUUUUUAACUCUGACUUAGUUUUUAGUCUUGUUUCUGCAAUUUUUAUUAUGUAACCCUUCGGAUAAGUAUGCGACUGCAGUGGUUUUUAAAUUGUAAUGCACACCUUAUGUUGAAAAUGUUUACAGAAGCAAUUGUUUUGUUAAACCAAUGUGCAUCGAUAUGAAUAUUUAUGGUUUAUUUUGAGGGCAGUUUCUCCCUGUUUUUUGUAUUUUGUAUUAUUCCCUUUUUGUACUUUCAUUUAGACGUUUGUGUACAGGAUUAAUCAACUUUUUGCUCACCACGUUAUGAAUUACACAAGUCUCUCGGGUGUGAUUUCACCGAUUCCUACUUCCUAAUUCCUCCUGCAUUAGUGCACAGUGUGCCCCUGGCUGCGUGGCAGCGUGGAUCAAAUGUUUUCUACCACCAGGUGCCAGGUGACAUGUCCCCCCCCCCCCCCCCCCCUUCCCUCGAACGUCUCUCCGCCAUGCCUCUCUAAUUUAUGUCCUCUCUGUGUGUACUAUGGGAAUUACUGUAUUUUCCUGAAGGUCUUUAUUUCCAUUGAAUAAAAUCAGAAGUAAUUUACA